AACGAGAACACGCGAGAUGAAACAUGGCAGCGUCCAUUGGUGACGCUAAAAGCUAAAUUUCUUCAUUACAUAUUCGUAUACUGAUCUAAAUUUACAUUCCCCUUGCCAUGGCUGAUUCUUACUCCAAGGUUAAAGGUGGAAAACUUAAAUUAAAAGGUCACAAAGAAAAGCACAAGAAACACAGGAAACGGAAGCAUGCUGAUGGAGCGGAGGGAGGUGCAGGAGGAAAGAAGGUCCAUCCAUCACUCACAGAGGACACCGCACGUCAUGGUGGCUGGUGGAUUGUGGAAAAAGUUGAAGAAAUCACAGGAAACAUUGCUAUGGAGAUUGGGGUGCAGACAUACAUGAAUGCCCUUGACAAUGGAAGGCUGAAUCUCGGCCCUGUCCGAGACACAGGGGAUGCUCCAGACGUCACAGAGAUUCUGACAGCCAUUACUGUGGGGGAGUCAAAGAUUGCCCUUAAAUCAGGCUAUGGGAAGUAUCUCAGCAUUGACCCAGAAGGUCGGGUGGUUGGGAAGUCAGAUGCCAUCGGGAGCAGAGAACAGUGGGAACCUGUUUUCCAAGAGGGUAAAAUGGCCCUCAAUGGUUUCAAUGGCUGCUUUCUGUCAGCCAAUGAGGAUGGUGCAAUAAUGUGCGAGAGUCGCAAGGCAGGGCCAGAUGAGAUGAUCAAGAUCCGAUCUUGUGCAGAGAGCGAGGAAGACCCACUUGGUAAUGUUCCAAAGGAGGAGCGAGGUUCACUCAAGGACUCUGAGGUCAACUAUGUGAAGAAGUUCCAGAGUUUCCAGGACCGGCGCCUGAGAGUGACAGGAGAGAGUACCACAGCACUGAAGACAGCCAGACAAGAUGGAACCCUGCACGAGGCUAUGCUGGAUAGACGAGAGAAAAUGAAGGCAGAUAGAUACUGUAAAUAGACUACAAGGACUGAUGUGAUUCAUACACUGGCAGCUGAAUUCAUUCUGGGAGACAAGACUGGGAGUACACUGUAGAUAGCUCAUCUGUACAUAUGAAGUGUUCAUCCUGAUCAACCUUUACAUGUGUAAUUUGUGUUUCAAUAAAACUGUCAGUCAUAA